AUGUCGGAGUCGCUCCGAUGAUUCAUACACAUACGUGUUGCACGUCAAGCGACCGCGAGAGAUAAGUUUGCACCGAAUACGAGACUCGGUUUUUCAAUAGAGUUCUCCUCUCAUGUUGGAGAAUGGAAGAGGAGACGACAAGUCGCCCAAAGUGGCUGCUGGAGCUGGAAAAUCGCAAGCGUAAGCCACGUUUAGCGCACGAGGCUGGAGCUGGUGCGCCAUGCACGAACUGCAAUUCCGCGUGUCCUGGCCUCGAUCUUCAUUUCUGGCGAAAGAUCUGCAAGAAUUGCAAAUGCAGUCGGGACGAUCACGAUGUCGACGACGACGAGUUCCCGCAAUUUGAUUUGCUAUUCGGACCGAGCCUAGGAAAGUUCAAGAAGAAGGCCAUGCGUUUGCAAGUAAAUAAUAAGAAGCACAACGAUGGUGAAACUACAUUUGAGUGGGUGCCACCGGACACAACUCAGGAACUUGCUGUGGAUUAUAUGAAGGCUUUGCCUGCGGAGAAAUUGCCGAUUAAAGGAUCCGUUGGUGCUGUUUUGAGAAGGCAAUUGUUACAGAAACAGCUACCCCUUCAUGACAUCGAUCACAAAGUUUGUGAUCAACUUAGCGAACAGGAGCAGAAACAAUUUGAAAAGUAUCUAGACAACAUCAAGAGAUACGUAGGACAAGGCAAAGUGAUGAAGAUAUUUGGCGCUCGCCCAUUCGACCGUUCCCUCAUGACGCCUGUCAACGCGACCGAUAUGCAGAAGCACAGUCCACAGCACAAACCUUCCAUAAAUGUGCCUUCCACUGGCGUUCAAUUACGUACACCGAGUAGCUUUGCCGUGAAAAGCCCGUACGCGCGGCAUCCGUAUGACGCCCAGAAUAAACGGGAUGCUGCCACAAAUAACAAUGAGGCACCCAGUACAAAGGGGUACAACUGUACUCUUGACAGUGUGUCUGCCAGUAGCUAUAUCGCGCGAUCGCAACCAAUCGAAGGGAAAUUGAUUUGCGACAAUUACCAACGUCCACACGACACCGUAACGCCAUCGAGCGCAAACGAAAAGGGUAUAACCGGCAAGACGGUGAAUUCUUCGAUUCUUACGUAUCUCGCCGAGCAAGAAAUGGUAGAGAGGCGGGACACGCUUGGAAGUUGUAACGUAUCUUACGGGGAAGACGCGCUCGAAAGACUCGGAGAUACCACGUUGCGUACCGCGCAUCCAGAAGCGGUCGACGACAAGGUGGCUCUCAUCGCGGAAUCCAUGCUGGCGGAUGCGCUUCUUCCGCCCAGUGCGAUACACGCCAACGAUAUUGUCGGUAGCACGCUGGAUGAGAAAGGAUUGACGUUUAUAAGGGAGAAGCUCGCCGAUAAGUAUAACAUCGCGGAGAAUCCAGUCGCGAUGCGCGCCGUUUCCAAAUCUUUCCGACCGUUGGACAGCGCGAGUAAUAUAUCGUGUCCAACGCGUAACAACGGAGCCGAGGAAGACGACGCUGCUGCGAAAGGUCAUGCGGAAACGGCAGAGACGGGCGUACCUUUGGAAGCAGCGAGAAAGACGUAUAAACCGCCCAAGUCUCAAGUAGUUGAAUCGACUAGCAUACCGAUCGCACCGACACCCACCAGUACCGCCGAUGUAAAUCAACGAAGGCGAUGCGGCGGUCUCUUGCCGAACAGCAAAGCGGCCGUGAACGAUCCGUUGGUGACGGAUACAUCUAGAGCUAUAAUGGAAAGCACUGCGGAUCCAUUAUCUGGCCAGUGCAAUUCCACACACGCCGCUUCUUCCACGUCGAAUCCAUCCGACUCGCAGGAGCCUGUCGGUAGAUUUGCCGACGCAAAAUCCAAUCCGUUGCUAGCUGAGUUGAGUAGCUCGGUCCUGCAACCGUCCGUCAUACAUUCCGAACAGCUGCAAAACCCCGCGUUUCCUCACACUGUCGGGAGCUUCAACGAGCAACGGAAUAUGCAACUUGUGGACUGCUUAAGGGAUGCCGUUGAGAGCCUAAAGUUGGAUUCGACCGGCCAGGUGCAAAAGUGCGAAAAAUGCCACGAGGACAUACGCGUCGGCGACGUAGUCGUAAUCGUGGAGAAGGCCAAUAACGCGUCCUGGCACCCCGGCUGUUUCGUUUGUUCGGUAUGCGACGAAUUGUUGGUGGACCUCGUGUACUUUUACUAUAAGAACCAAUUGUAUUGCGGAAGAGACUUGGCCACAUUUCUAGGGAUUCCACGGUGUUUCGCUUGCGACGAGCUGAUCUUUGUACGGGAGUACACGGUUGCGGAGGGGCACAAUUAUCACGUGAAGCACUUUUGUUGCUGGGACUGUGACAUGCCAUUGGCUGGGCAACAAUACAUUACCGAAAACGAUCGACCGUUGUGUCUGCCUUGUUAUCAAAAAUCGUACGCAAAGACGUGCGCCGCCUGUAACGUAGUGAUUGCCGCCGAUCAACAAGGUGUAGCUAUAAAAGAUUUAAACUUUCACGCGACCCAAGUCUGCUUUUGCUGCUACAGCUGUAAGAAAAACUUACUGAACGGCCGAAUGGCGGUAAAGAAGGAUAAGUUGUUUUGCAGUAAAGAGUGCAUCGCAAAGUUCUUCAACUAGUAAAUCAAUGGACGAAGUAAAUCCGUCUGCUAUUUUCUGACAUGUUGUUCCUGUUGUAAGAGAAAUGUAGUUUCAUUAUGGAAAUAUAAGAAAACCGCAAGUUUUAACACUACGUAAAUAAUGUAUCGUGCAUGUUAUGUGCGCUCUAUUUUCGCGCCGAGAUGUCGCAUGUAACGUGACACAAUAAAUACAUUGACUUAUCA